GGAGGCUCUGGAAGAAAAACAGAGCAGACACCAGAGCAAGCUGACUUGCCAGCAGCCUGAGAGGCAAACCUCCUGUCCAGAGGAAGAGCCUAGGCCACAGCAGAGACCAUGGAGCUCUCCUCAGCCCCUCUCCACAAAGGGCAGCUACCCUGGAGGGGAGUCCUGCUGGCAGCCUCACUUUUGAUCUACUGGAGCUCUCCCACCACGGCCCAAGUCUCUGUGGAAGCAGUUCCGCCCCAUGUUGCUGAAGGGGCGAAUGUUCUUCUACUCGUCCACAAUCUGCAAGAGACACCCCAAGUCUUUUACUGGUACAAGGGAGAAAAUCAGGAUAGCAAUGAAAUUGCACGAUUUAUAACGUCACCUGGCGAAAUUACAACAGGGCCUGCAUACAGUGGCAGAGAGACAAUAUACCCCAAUGGAUCCCUGCUCUUCCAGAACGUCAUUCAGAAUGACACCGGAGCCUACACGUUGCACAUGAUAAUGGAAAACUUUGACCGUAAGACACUAUCUGUGCAGUUCCAUGUCCACCCACUGUUACCCAAGCCCAGCAUCACAAGCAACAAUUCCAAUCCUGUGGAGGGUGAGGACUCAGUAGCAUUAAUAUGUGAGCCUGAGACUAAGAAUACAAGCUACCUGUGGAGGAGAAAUGGCCAAAGCCUCUCAGAAGAUAACAGGCUGAAGCUGUCUGAGGACAACAGGACACUCACUUUACUCAGUGUUGUGAGGACUGACACAGGACCCUAUGAGUGUGAAACCCAGAACCUAGUGAGCACCUCCCGAAGUGACCCAUUCACCCUGAACAUUACUUAUGGUCCAGAUGUCCCGAUCAUAUUCCCCUCAAAUACUUAUUUUCAUUUAAGGACAAACCUCAACCUCUCCUGCCAUGCAGCCUCUAACCCACCCGCACAGUAUUCUUGGUUUGUCAAUGAAGAACUCCUGUCAUCCUCCCACGAGCUCUUUAUCCCCAACAUCACUACUAAUAAUAGUGGAUCCUAUAUCUGCUUCGCCUAUAACUCUGUCACUGGCCUCAAUAAGACCACAGUCAAGAACAUUACAGUCCUUGAGCCAGUGACUGCACCCUCCAUUCAAGUCAGCAACACCACAGUCAAAGAACUGGACUCUGUGUCCCUGACCUGCUCCUCAAACGACACUGGGAUCUCCAUCCAUUGGCUCUUCAAUGGCCAGAGUCUGGGGCUCACGGACAGAAUGAAGUUGUCCCUGAACAACAGCACCCUCAGCAUAGACCCUGUCAGGAAGGAGGAUUCCGGGGAGUAUCAGUGUGAGGUCUCCAAUCCAGUCAGUUCUGAGAGGAGUGACACCAUCCAGCUGGACAUAAUAGCUGACCCAACACAAGGGAAUUCUGGCCUCUCGGGGGGUGCCAUUGCCGGCAUCGUCGUUGGAUCUGUGGCUGGGGUGACUCUGAUCGCAGCCCUGGCAUAUUUUUUUUAUUUCAGGAAGACUGGCGGGGGAACUGACCAGCGCGAUCUCACAGAGCACAAAUCCCCAGCCUCCAACCACAAUCUGGGCCCCUCUGACAACUCUCCUAACAAGGUGGAUGAAGUGGCAUACACCGUCCUGAACAUCAACGGCCAGACACCCAAACCACCAACUUCAGCCUCCCCAUCUCCAAGAUCCACAGAAACAGUUUAUUCAGAAGUAAAAAAGCAGUGAUCAUGGCCUGUCAUACUGGCUACACCAAUGAUGCAUUUCUAAAUUCUCUCCCUCACUAGGAGAUCUCUGUACCAAGAGAUGAGGAAACACAUGCACGUACACACACACACACACACACAAACACACACACACACACACAAACACACAACUAAAGGCGGCAGCAUCAGUAGAAGGAAAAAUGUAUUCUGGAGUAUACGGGAAACCAACCUGUCUUGGAAUUGAAACUUGACUGAGAAAAGGGCAUCAAAGCUGCCCGCCCUUCACUCCCCAGACAUGGCUUGUCUUAAAUUGCCCUGUUUAGAGCACAUUCAUUCUCCCCAGCUCCAGUCCUGUCCUAGCACAGUCUGACUUGAAUUCCCAUAACCUUGGAUGUCACCUAAGUGCUUAUGCCAAAAACAAAGGACAAGCAGGAAAUGGGCAUUCCUGUGUCUUUAAAGCUCAAUGUGAAGCUAUCGUGCAUGGGAAGAUCAAGUCCCAGCCAGAGGUUGCAGGAAAUCUCCACACUGACAGCUGUCAUGCUUGCCCGGCUGUGGCAUCAGCGUCUCUUUAUGUUGUGCAUUUACACCUGAGCUCACCUCUGAGCCUCCUCCAGAAAACCCACUCAGAGCAGCUAGCAAAGCUCUUUGGCAGCAUCCACAGCCACUACUAACGCAGAGUGCAGGUGCAAAGACAGCACCUCUAGCCUCUACCAGGAAGGAGUCCAGAAGGCAGGGCUGGUGAACUGACAGUCUCCUGGAAACUGAAAACAACAGAAAGAUACCCUACGUGGAGCAUUGAGAUUGUUUUAAAAGAAGCCAUGUUUGGAGGUACUGGAGUUUUCUUCUCUGUAAGACAACCCACUACUUGAAUUUUUGUAACUGCUGACUUGGCUCAGUGUGUGAGCCAAUAGGUCUGCCUUAGGGGCAAGAAGCCACUGUACCUCUGGCUCCCUUGGCCAGGAUCAAAAGGCCUCUCAAUCCCUUUUGAUCAAGAGUUCCAAACCAAAAAUGAAUAAAUGAAUAACAAAGCAAAUCAGUUGCAGAACCACUGCCUAGUGUUGACCUAAGCCUCCUACUUCCCUGAAUUCGUCAGAAAAGUCUGACAUUUCCUUUCUCCAUGUCUUCACCUUUAUUGUUGGGCACUGGUCAGAGCCUACACAAUAUUUCUCUGACACUUUGGGCUUCUUUGCUUUCUCCCUGUAGCUCUCCCGCCCCUACCCUGUGCAGGCUGCCAGCUGAACUCUUGCCUGGCUCAAAGGCCAGCCAUUCCUCCUCCACUCCAACGCCUCUCCAGGCUGAUGUUGAGAUUUCCAGCUUGUCUGCCUUGCUGUUUUGCUUUAUAACUCUAACAAAAACUCUCCUCGGUAUCAACAACUAACAACAGACUUUCCUCAUUCCCACCCAGCCUCUGGGGACCCAGGACCAGCCUCCAACUACCCUUCCACAGUGUUUCUGCCUGUGCAUUGCUUGCCUUUCCUUGGCUUCUCUUUUUGACUUUUAUUUUUUUUGGAGACAAAGUUUUAGCAUGUAGCCUGAACAGGCUUCAAUAUCACAAUAAUGGUUUCUACAAUCUCCCACCUGCUGAGAUUACAGGGCAGGCCACCAGACUCAGCAGCUUGUGCAUUCCCUGACUGCCCUGCACUCUCAGGAAACCUUGGCCUCUGCUAGUGUUUGGUCCACGUGAAUUGUGCCCUUAAAGGAACACAGCCACUCAAGCCGAAGGCAUUGUUUACAGCCUAGAGAGCUCGGCACUGCUGUUCCACUGGGAAUGUGGGAUACUAGCAGGGUGCUCUUCCCCAGCCCUGGGCUUUCAACAGCCUCAGAAACCUACUUUUCCCACCUGGGAUGAAUCCCAGCAACAGGAGAAGGAAAGGCCAACGUGUUCUCAGGGAUCCUCUGUUCAAGACGUACACCCACUCUGUGCCAGUUGAUCAAGGGUUUUAUUGGAUAAUGUGUUUGUUCUCAUGCCGUGUCUAACAGGCCUUCCAAAACAGUUAUUCUGGAGUUUUGUGGGGUUUUUUUGUUUGUUUUGAUUUUGGUUUUAUGAGACAGGGUUUCUCUGGAGCUUUGGAGCCUGUCCUUUAACUAGCUCUUGUAGACCAGGCUAGCCUCAAACUCACAGAGAUCUGCCUACCUCUGCCUCCCGAGUGCUGGGACUAUGUGCCUGCGCCACCACUGACCGGCUAUUUUGUAGUUCUUGUACUCAGGGAUUUCUCUCAGGGACUUCCAGCCUGUGUAUAUUUUCCAUUCUGGGUUAAUUCAAAUUUGCCUGGCUAAAGCCAAAUCAGAGGUAUUUGUAAAUUUCCCCUAUGUUCGUAAUAAAAUAUCACAUAUCACUAA